AUGGAGACAAAAAUCUGGCAACAAGUUAUCGCAGAGAAGCGACGCCAACGGACCCGUGUCAUCUCUGCUUUUGUCACCGAGAACCUACCAGACAAAGAGGACCGUCGGGAUGCAUACAAGGCCAUCACCGAAGUCGAUGAUAUCACUAUCUUGGCUGAUAAGAUUUCGACUGGAAAGCUCAGAAGUGAAGACGUAACCCUGGCAGCCAUUGAGGCGCAUAACAAGACAAACUGCCUGACCGAAAUCCUCUUCGAUGAUGCUCUAGAGCAGGCCCAAGAGCUUGAUGCGUAUUAUGCCAAAGAAAAGAAAACAAAAGGACCUUUGCACGGAAUCCCUAUAAGCCUGAAAGACCAGUUCAAUGUCAAAUGCUACGAUACCACUCUUGGUUACACAAGCAAAGCCUUCAAGCCAGCCCACGAUGAUGCCGUCCUAGUAAAGAUCUUGAAAAAGCUAGGCGCAGUCAUCAUUUGUAAAACAAAUCUCCCACAGAGCAUAAUGUGGGCUGAAACCGACAAUCCGCUUUGGGGGUUGACUGAGAACCCGAUCAUUCCCGGAUAUACGCCUGGAGGAUCGUCGGGUGGGGAGUCAGCGUUGAUUUACUCUCAUGGGAGCCUCGGAGGUUUCGGAUCAGAUUUGGGUGGUAGCAUCCGCAUGCCAGCUUCUAUGAUGGGUUUAUAUGGUUUCAAGCCAAGCAGCUCAAGAUUGCCAUAUGGAGGAGUGCCGGUCUCAACCGAUGGACAAGAGCAUGUUCCGUCUUCCAUCGGUCCCUUGGCACGCUCCCUUUCGACCAUUUACCAUCUCACGAAAGGGAUCACGCUUCAAGAACCCUGGAAACAAGACUGUCGUUGCGUGCCAAUCCCAUGGCGACAGUCUGAAUAUGACAUGACCGUGAACAGCAAGUUAACAAUCGGUGUAUUGUACGACGACGGCGUUGUGAAGCCUCACCCUAGUGUUGUAAGGGUUCUCGCACAAGCUGCAGCUGCCCUUGCGGCUGAUGGCCAUGAGCUUGUAAUGUGGAAGCCUGACUUGCACGCAGAGUGCAUAGAGGUUAUGGAUGCCUAUUUCACAGUCGAUGGAGGUGAAGACAUUCGUCGUGAUGUCGAGGCAGGAGGCGAGCCUUUUAUCCCAAGCGUGGAGAGGCUUGUGAACAGGGGAAAGCCUAUAUCGGUUUAUGAAUAUUGGCAGCUCAACAAACGGAAGCGAGAACUUCAGCAAGCAUAUCUCGAGAAGUGGAACAAUACCCUCUCCAAAAAGGGGAAAAUUGUGGACGCCAUUAUAAUGCCGGCUCUACCACACGCAGCUGUGCCUCAUAACACUGUCAAAUGGGUGGGAUACACCAAGGUCUGGAAUCUUUUGGAUUAUACGGCUUUGGUCAUUCCGGGAGGAAAGGUUGAAGCCAGGGAUCUUGAUGCAUUGUGGGAUCACGAGCCGAGGAACGAGUUGGAUGAGUGGAAUACCCGCCUUUGGGAGGAUAAUAUGCAAGAGAUGGUCAAGCAUCAUCUUCCUGUGGAUAUACAGAUCGUAGGGAGGGUUUUGGAGGAAGAAAAGGUUCUGGCUGUUGGCAAGGUGCUAGAUGAUUUGCUACGUACCCAUCUACUUGAGGCAUAA